UCCGCCGACAAAAUCAGAGGAAGAAGAAGUAGAAGCAGCUGAAGAACAAGAAGAAGAACGUUAGGCGUUUUGAACCUAUUAUAUCUGAGCUAGUGUACCAUCGUAAAUAUUAUAAGCUACCACGGAUACUUAUAGACUUAGCAACCAAAAUGGCUGAGCUAAAGGAGAAUAAUAUCAGCUCUAUCCCUAUUGAUAAUUUCAGCAAAGGAAGGAUCACUUCUGUAUGGACAUUGCUGAGUUCUGUACAGUGGUCAGAGUCCUGGUUGGUGGGACUAUUGGCGUUCCACGCUGUCUGCUUUACAGUUACUCUGUUGACGUGUAGGUUUUACCGACUACAGAUUUGCCAUUUUCUCAUAAUGGUUGUCAUGGUCUACUCUGCUGAAUACCUAAAUGAGAAGGCAGCUAUGAACUGGAGGUCAUUCUCUAAUUUCCAAUAUUUUGACUCACAAGGAAUGUUCAUAUCUUUGGUUUUUUCAAUUCCCCUCUUAAUGAAUACAAUUAUUAUUGUGAUGGUGUGGGUCUAUAGGACAUUUGAGACAAUGACAGCGCUGAAAACCCUGCAACUGAAACAAAAAGCAAUGAGAGAAAACCGGAAGAAAACUGAAUGAUUUGCGAUGGACAAAGUGGUUGUGUUUAGUGUUACACCUCUCCCCAUGUUGAAAAUUCACAUUAUUUUAAACCACAAGUCUUAUGUUUAUUUGAGUGUGGCAUGAAAUGAAAAUAAUUAGCCAGUCACAGUCAAGAUUGUGGGUGAGUUCAAGUGUGUGUGGGGAAAUCGUGAGGUAAACAGUAAAUUUGGGUUGUAGCAUGCCCAAAGAAAACGGCCUUUUUAAUUUUGAAAGGACCAAAAUUACUGUACGAAAGAUGUGCAUUUAUUUAACUUUGAUAUGAGUUUUAAUUUGUUACUAUAACAUAUUUUGUGUCGCAGAUAGUGCUAUAAAAUAUGAAGUCAGGCUUGGCGGAUUCAUGAUGUUUUAUACUGUCUAGCAAACUGGCAAUCUUUCACUCUGAUUGUAGAUGCUCUUCAAUAUUGCCACAAGAGGGCAAUGGUGUUCCAUUGAGUCAGUGGGUCUUCUGUUAUCUGCAGUAAUAUCAUUAAAGAUGGACGUUCUGUGAAAUGAAUUUUCCAAGAAAAGUGUGGUUCAUAAACCAUACAUCAGUAUAGCUGUGUAACCGGUCUGUAUUUUGUGUAGGUCAAACUAAUGUGGGACAAAUUUUAAUAAUUAAAGUGAAUAAUUCACAAGACCACAGAAUGACUGGUUUAAGAAUGAUAUAAUGUACCAAAAAGUGUUUUGUAACAGCUAUAUUUUAAAAAUAGGUAAUUUAAGGGAGAUGAACUUUCUCAUGAUUUGCACAUUUUCCUGUUUUUUAUUCAUGAGGUCAAGAGUUGUUAUUUUAAAGAUGUUUCGAGCAUGGGAGGAUUUGUUAUCUACUGGAACCGUCUGGAUUAAUAGUAACGGACAUAAAUUAUACAACCGAUCUUUUGUAAUCUUGUUGCACAUGUCAUGAAGAGUAAUACAUACAAUUUUAGCGAUUCAAGAUGGGGGUUAUAGACUAAUGUGUCUUAAGAUAUGUGUUAUACAUUGACAUUGACACAAGCAAAGCCUUGUUUUUAAUAACUGUUUAAAAUGUUGUGCUGCCAAAAUAAGUGUUUUCAAAGGCAUCCUUUCAUAAGAAGCAGCUGUUUUCCUGCUCGUGCGUAUGUGCAGAGUGAUACAAUCUCUGAGGAUGAUGCUAGAGAUAUAAAUCUGAAAUCAAUAAGCAGCGGAUAGAAAUGGAAGAAAAUCGCAAACGCUUGGGCAAAAAACGGAGUGCGCAGGACAUCAGAAUGUGAAGGAAAUGAUGGUGACUGCAAGAGAUUCUGGAAUUUGUAAACUCACACUGGAAAAAAAGUGACAGGACUGGAGCAGGCCCUGGGCAGGGGUCUUCUAUUAUAACCUUUGUAAUUGCCAAAAAGGGUAAGAGUACAAGAGAGUAGUUGCAUUACAAUUGCCUGGAAUAGUAAAAAAAAAUCAACAAUUUAUUAUGUAAUGUAGACAGAGUAAUCAGAAUAUUAACAAAGACCAACAGACUUGCAGUACAGGUGCAUGGAAGCCAAAUGUGAGACUCCCAAAAUUUUCCCCCUGAAGUAGUAGGUCCACUGAGUGUUUCAGAUGCCCCUCUCCCCUGUAAAAUAAAUGUUUACCAGCUAAUAUUAUGGCCAGCCCCAUUAGCCUAUCUAACCAGAUCUACUACAAUAAAUAAGAGGGUUUCAGAAGAUACAGUUAUCAGAAGGGGGUAAUAUUAAGAGGGUAAACAUACCUGGAUAAAUCAUAAAGUCUGUUGUGGGAAACAAGACAUAUACUUUCCCUUUACCGUCUGUUUCCUACAGCAUUUUUAUUGUACUGUACAUGUAGGAUGGGUCAAAACCUCUAUAAAAUGGCCUGUGCCAAUUUUCUUUUCUUUCUUGGCUUGAAAGUGUAAAUGUAGAAGCAGAUCUUUGUGUAUUCCGCUAAUAUUUACUCUGUUAACUAAAGCAAACAGUUCCUGUGAAUUCCAGAUCAUCAUUGUUAAUGUGAACUUGGUCUCAACUGACCCCACAAGAUAAAUAUGAAUUAUAUAAAUAAACUGCUGUGUGGGUUU